AUGUUCCAUCCUAGCUUCGAAUCGUUGCAUACCGAUCUCCCGACAGUUAUUGCUACUGUUAUUGUAUUGGCCAUCCUGGUUCAUCUGGUACCCUACCUCAUCGACUCUCAUCGACUUCGCUCAUAUCCUGGUCCUCUCGUCGCAAAGUUUUCCGAUGCAUGGCUGGGAUCCGUGGGAUACCACGGACAUCUUUCGGAGGUUGUUUAUGAUCUGCAUCGCAAAUAUGGUCCCUUUGUCCGUAUAGCGCCCGAUCACAUUUCUGUGGCUCUGUCGGAUGCGGAGCCCUUGGUGUACGGGCACGGAAGCGGGGCACUGAAGUCAUCAUUCUAUGAUGUGUUUGCGAGAACAUCGAGCCGUUCCCUAUUUGACGUUCGCGAUCGCCAGGCCCAUACUCGCAAACGAAAGAUCAUCUCGCAUACUUUUUCGCAGAAGAGCGUACUGGAGUUUGAGCCGCAUGUACGCAGUUACGUCAGUCAACUUCUGGGACGGUGGGACAAGCUAUAUGACAAAGCUCUCAAAGGCAUGUCGGGAGAGGAAGGUGAAGGCUGGACAGGUCGUGAUGGGAGGAUGUGGUUGGACUACUUGCCAUGGGCAAACUAUCUUGCGUUCGAUAUCAUCGGUGAUCUAACGUUUGGUGCUCCAUUCGGAAUGAUUGCAGCAGCGAAAGAUUUUGCUCUGGUGCCUAAAGAUCAACACUCCGUUUUGAGCUCCUACGGGAAAGUAGGGGCAAAGUAUGCCACAAAAGAGAUCGAGGCUAUCAAGACUUUAACUAGUGGAGCGCCCUUCGUGGUGACGGCGGGACCUUUACCUGGGUGGUGGAGGCCACUCGUCAAGCGCACCCCAUGGCUUUGGCAGGCCGGAAAAGACUUCGACGCCAUAGUAGGGAUGGCGAUGGUGGCGGUAGCGAAGAGGUUGGAAGUACCGACAGACAGGAACGAUUUCCUUAGCAAGCUGCUAGCCGGAAAAGACGAAGAUGGCAACCCAAUGGGUCGCGAAGAGGUCACUGCGGAAGCGUUGAAUCUUCUUAUUGCAGGAUCUGAUACCACUGCCAAAUCUGCAUGUACUAUCGUCUAUCUUCUCGCGCGGACACCGAGCGUACAGGGCAAACUUCAGAAAGAGCUGGACGAGUACCUGGGCUCUGAUGUCGCUACAGCCGAGCAGGUGAAGAACCUCCCUUACUUGCAAGCCGUUAUCAAUGAAGGGCUGCGACUGUAUCCCGCGGUGGCUAUGGGGCUUCCUCGUGUAGCACCUGAGGGCGGGAUGAUGAUUUUAGGAAAUCACUUCCCUGCUGGUACGGUUGUCAGUGUCCCUACUUAUACAAUCCAUCGGGACCCAGCGGUGUUUGGCGAUGAUGUCGAGGAGUUCAGACCCGAGAGAUGGUUUGAACGUAACAGCGCCAGCAUGUCUAAGGCAUUUGCUCCGUUCUCUCUUGGCCCUCGGGCGUGUAUUGGGCGUAAUUUAGCGAACCUCGAGCUGCAGAUUAUCAUUGCGUCAAUUUUCAGGCGCUUCAAUUUCGUUUUGGAAAAUCCUGAUGAAAAGCUCCAAGUAUACGAGGGCUUCGUGGUGGAACUAGGACCUUGUCGUGUUGGUAUAAAAGCACGCGAAGUGCUCUAGUUCAAUAUGGUAAGGUGUUGGGACCAUAAUAUGUACAUGUAUGUGUGAAUCCCGACAAGAAUAUAUUGAAGCAGAUGGCUAUUCUCUCCGAAUGUUGCCGUCGCGUUCAGAGAUACUACCAAAUGACCCCGAGUCACAGCAUCGAUGGGGAUAAGUACUUUGUAUCGAGUGGGGCAGCUGCUUACCAUGCCUCACCAUUUGACUACGAGU